UUUUUUCUGUUUUUUACUCCUAGUUUAGUAUUUAAACUAUUGGGCCUGAACAAAACCAACUUUCAAGCCUUUUCAUUCUUACAUAAUCUACUGACAUUUGCAUUAUACUGAAAAAUAGAUCUGCAACGAGCAUUACGUUCAUCACGCUGGCUCGACUUUGCUGUGACAUGAAAAAAACUGCGAGCGUAAGCAAAGGGAAGACUGUGCCAGUUUUUAUGCUCCGUUUCAAUGUUUCUGAAACGUAUCAUUAGUAAAAAGAUGUUUGAUAUACCCCGACCAAACGCAGAGGACAACAGUGCCCUCUAAUGGACACUCGUGUAUAACGGCCUCACUCAACAAGCGGCCUUUGCAAAUUACAGCGCAGUCACGAUGAUUCCCGUCGUUCAACACUCAGGAAGGAAACGGUGAGUAAAUCAUAUUAUAUCUUUUCAGUGUAGGCUCACCACAAGAGCCCCAGUCGUGCUGCACAGUAAUAGCAAAAUCAACACCGUUCUGUUCACGAAAAGAACAGAUUGGAUUGACUAGCCCAGGAGAGUGAAGUGGUUGAUGAUUCUCAGUCCAGUUGCAUUUUCGAUGGAACAUACUGUAGCAUUUUACCUUUGCUUGUCAUGCCAGUACCCUUACUAAUCGUAGCCCAAAACACAAGAUCGAUUCUCCCAUAUAAAUAUUUUGGGUCACAUCCACAGUGUCACCAGUGUAGAAACAUGAUCACAUUAUCAACUUGCAAAAUUAGACUUAUGUCAUUGGAAAACUGGAAGUUUCAUGCCAGUAAAUGAAACAAAAAAACAACAACGUUUGUCUUCAUGAAUUCAAAAUCAAGCCGAAUUGUCCUGUAGAAGGAGAACCCGGUGGAACCAGAUUCAGUUUCAUAUGAAAGUUUCAGGUUGUGCAGGACGAGGGCGAAAGAGGACAGUCUAUGUUCCUUCGUUUAUUCACGUAUUUUCAGUUACGCUGCGCCACAGAAAAGGGAAGUGGGGCACAGUGGAACGGCAGUGUGUGCAGGUCCAGAGAGAGAGAGAGAGAGAUAGAGAGGGGUCUAAGAGGAAGGUCAAACGGUUUCAAAGCGAGAGAAGAGUUGCAGAAGCAGUUGCAACGCGGAACGGGGGAAGAUGCGCUUGUGUGUGUGUGUGUGUGUGUGUGUGUGUUCUCCCUCUCGCGCUUGUGUUUGAGGUUUUCUGCAGGAACACCCAUACCAGCACAAAUGGCUGUUCCGUUACCAGCCUCAGACUUCAGAGAUCACAGAAACAGAUAGUGUCUCUUAGACAACACUUACCCACGGUGAGAGAAAGAGAAAGAGAGCGAUAGAGAGUGUGCGUGUGUGUGUGUGAGAGAGAGAGAGACAGAGACAGAGACAGUGUGUGUGUGAGAGACAGAGAGAGAGACAGACACGGAGUGCAUUUGUGUGUGUGUGUAUGUGUGAGAGAAAGAGAGACAGUGUCUGUGCGUGUGUGAGAGAGAGAGAGACAGUGUCUGUGCAUGUGUGUGAGAGAGAGAGAGAGACAGUGUCUGUGUCUGUGUGUGUGUGUGUGAGAGAGAGAGAUUGAGAGAGAGAGAGAGAGAGAGAGAGAGAGAGAGAGAGAGAGAGAGAGAGAGAGAGAGAGCGUAGCCAGCAGAGCAUACGUACAAACUGAGAGUAGAGCAGUAUCCUCGUGUCAGAGGGAGUGAGACCUCUCGACUGCUGAAGACUCCGAGCUCCACGGCGGACCGUCCCACCGACAGCAUGUGCAGCAGGGCGGACAAGGCAGGCUACCCCCCUCCCCUGCCCCUGAAACAGCGCAGGAGCGCCAACUCAGGAGGCUCCAGCACGGGGUCCAGCGUGGAUCUGGAGCUGGAGGCAGGGGAGAGGUACAGCCUCCUGGGGUCCCCGUACGAGGCCGCCCCCACCCCCCUCCCGGACGUCUUCUCCUCGUCCAUCGACUGCCACGCGCCCCGGUGCCCGAUACAUCACAGCGACGGUCAUCAGGAGAGAUUUUUUUCGGAGAGCACCCCGCCGCCGGUCCCCAAAAAGAGACUGGCUCGAGCUGUGUCCUUACCGGGGGGGUGUCUCCACCCCCGGUGCUCCCUGCCCUCCAGACACCAAAACUACGACAACCCCCUCUACAUGCUGGCCCCCAUCAGAGACGGCCAGCCGGAGGUGGAGAAGAGAGAGAGCCAGAAGCCGGCGUUCCAGGCCCCGCCCCCUCCUCGUCUGCCCCUGGGACUCCUGACCUUCGACACGCCCGACCCGCAGCUGCCCCACUUUUUCGGGAGCCUCCAGGACCAGGAGCAGGUCUCCUCGGCUAUCCAAGAGUGCCACCUGCUGUUCCUGAAGCGCAUCGCGCGGCAGCUGGAAACGCUGCCGCUCGGCUGGGCGGAGUCCGCGAAGGGGAUCGAGUCCUCCCAGCCUCAGGAAUUCCGGCUUUGUGAGGGUCGCCCGUCGAGACAGAUAGGGGAUGCCGUUUUCUACUCCGUCCAUUGCCCACAGUUGCCUGGGAGGGUGUUUUCAGCCAAGGUUUACAGGCCAAACAGCAAAGCCGCUGCAGGAGCCCUUUCGAAGCCCCUGCCGCCCCACGUCAAUAUUCAGCAGCUCUUAGUGCAUUUCCCACAAUGCCCCGGGCCGGAGAGAGACGUCAGCGCCGAGGAUCGAAUGUCCCUGGAGUCGCCACACGGUGGCAGCACUGAGCAGGGAGAGUCUCCCGAGCGCACGGUGGCGUCGCUGCUGUCGGACGGCUACGCGGCGGACGUCGAGCGCGAGCUGCCCAGGGGGACGCUCGAGGACUUCGUCCGCGACGGAGCCGCCCUCCGCCGCGCCCAGCCUCAGCUGUACGAGCGGCAGCUCGGCCUCCUGCUGCUGCAGGUGGCCCGGGGCCUGCUGCACCUGCGCGAGCACGGAGCCGUCUGCGCAGAGCUGCAGCCGCGCGACGUCAUACUGGCCUGGCCCGGGAACGGGAACGGGGGAGGAGCGGAGGGAGGGAUGGAGGGAGCAGGCGAGAGAGGCGCCGCAGAGGGAGGGGCCUGCGGAAGAACCGAAGGACUGGAAGGUGGGGUGGAGAUGGAGGUGGGGACGGGGGCGGGGGCGAGGGAGGGGGAGAAUCCGGGCGCACCCGUACAGGAGCUGUGGAAAAGAUGGGGCCCCCCACGGGCGGCGCUGACGGCGUUCCAGCCUCAGUCCGAGCGCGAGGCGAGCGGCGAUUCCUACGAGGGCCGGCUCGGCCGUCUGCUGCUCCUCUGCCUGCAUCGCCUCCCGGAGACCCCCGUCCCGCCGCCGGACCCGAGACCCUCCGGCUGGGACCCCCCCCAGGGCCCCCCGUCCCCGUCCCCCAGCGGGCUGCUCCGGCUGGCCCACCUGCUCCUGGACCCGGGGAGCGGGGUGCGGGCGGCGGAGGCCGCCGGCGUCCUGCAGGUCCUCCUCUGGGGCCCGCGGGCGGAGCUCUUCCUGCAGGGCCCGCCCGGCGCCCCCUGGCCCGCCCUGCUGGCCGGCUGGCUGUCGCUGAAGCGCUCGCUGCUGCUCCAGGAGCUCUCCGAGCUGGCGCUGUCCGGCGCCGGGGGGCGGCCCGACCGCGAGGACGUCCUGUGCCUGCAGUACCUCUCCGCGGCGGAGCCCGACGCCGUGCUGAAGAUCGCCGCCCUGCUGGGGCUUCACCACACCGCGCCCUAACUACAUCUACAACUGCAUAAGUGACUUUAAUUUUACGUUCCUGGCUCUCGCAUAAAUUUUCCCUAAGUAUUAUUUCACACUCAUUACAGGAUUUAUUAAAUGUUUUUCUCAAAAAUACUUUCCUUCUCGUAGCAAUUCUCACCUUUAUGAGUACCUACAGGGAAGUGAACCCUUGUGAGCCUAAAGACUACAUACACUUUCAUCAGCUGAGUAUAUACUGAAAGAAGCAUUUCAAUUAUCCCAAUUACAACUGUUGCAAUCCUGAGUUUGCAUUUCAUGCUGAUCUGUCAACUGAAUAAUUAAACAGAAAAUUCUGGAAGUGAA